AUGCUCAGCGGAAGCAUGCAGCUCCUCCACGCCCUCACCAUAUUCUGCUCCCUACCCCAGUUUGCGACACUGGUUUCAGCAGAGAAUGCAAGUGGAUCGACGGAUCUAGAUUCUAAAGAGGCUGAUACUUCUCCAUCACUGCCAGCAAACAUCAUCCUACAGCGCAAUGCCGCAAUAACAUCCCAGCUUGCAGCAGGACCAGCCCUCGGCGUGAAGAAAAUGAGCGACGACGAAGGCGAGAAAUUCUUUCUCGACUACUGGAGUUUUGGAGAUGUCUUUUCGUCAGUGAACAUAUCUGAACGAUACCUCUCCGAUGAAGAAGGAUUUUCCCCCGCACGCUUUGUGGCCCAAUCAUACCCAUUCGGGCCAUCGUAUUCAUUGGGGUCGGAUGGAGACAGUGAAUUGCUUCCCCGGGAAUACAAUGACAGUACAGACAAUUUGUUCGAGAAACGAGACUUUAAGUGCCCGACUGGGACGUGGGCAUGCGCAUCCAUCGGUCGAUCUGAUCGCUGCUGUGGGUCCGGGGAGACGUGCGAGAUCGUCGCUGAUACGGGGCACGGCAAUGUGGGCUGCUGUCCUAGCUGGAAGACGUGCUCUGGGACGAUUGGGUCCUGUGCAUAUAUCACUGUUAUUACGGUGACUGUUCAUUCGACCGUGGUGUUGUCUACUGUGACCUACUCGACCAAACCGCAGGAUACUACUUCCACUUCUAUUCUCUGCUCUUCCCCGUCAGCCUCUUCCCAUAGCAGCAAGUCUACAACAAAUGAUAGCUUGGCACCUCCAGCACGACCUACGAACCUCUCAGUGGUAACCAGUGCUACUCGCGGCGCCGAUGUCUGUCCGACUGGUUUCUAUGCCUGCUCCGCUGUCUACCAGGGUGGUUGCUGCCGCACCGGAAGAGACUGUGAUAAGACCUCAUGCCCGACUGCAUCUUCCACAACUAUGAUAUCAGACGGCGUGACGAUUGUAGCGCCCGUCGCGACAACGACGCAACGCUCUGGCGGGAACCGGUGCGCCCAGGGCUGGUUUCACUGUGCUGACACCGUGGGUGGAGGAUGUUGUCCCAUGGGAUUUGCCUGUGGUGCUAGCUGUACUGCAAGGGACGUUGCGUUUGGGACGACUGUCGCCAAGGAACAAGCGACCGCGGCUAGCGGAGGUGCCGCCAUCAUGUCCGAAACUCCCCAGAAGCCCCUCCCCUUCGUUUACCAGUUCGCCGCCGGUGCGGUGGCUGGUGUCUCAGAGGUACCCUCUGGACGUGCUCAAGACUCGAAUCUUCAGACCGGACCCGCUGUUCCUGGUGUCGAUCACUACGAUGGCAUGUUCGAUUGCUUCCGCAAGAUUGUUAAGAACGAGGGUGCUUCCCGUCUAUACCGCGGUAUCUCCGCGCCCAUCCUGAUGGAGGCACCUAAGCGUGCGACCAAGUUUGCCGCCAACGACAGCUGGGGCGCUUUUUACCGCAACCUGUUCGGUGUCGACAAGCAGACCCAAGGCCUGGCUACUUUGACCGGAGCUACAGCUGGAGCAACUGAAGCCAUCGUGGUGGUGCCUUUCGAACUGGUUAAGAUUCGUUUGCAGGAUAAGGCCCAGGCCCACAAGUACAACGGCAUGUUCGACGUUGUGAAGAAGAUCGUGGCCGCAGAAGGCCCGCUGGCAUUGUACAACGGCCUCGAGUCGACCAUGUGGCGCCACAUCCUGUGGAACGCAGGUUACUUCGGCUGUAUCUUCCAGGUCCGCGCACAGCUGCCUGCCGUCGAGCCCGGCAACAAGAACCAGCAGACCCGUAACGACUUGAUCGCUGGUAGCAUUGGUGGUAUCACCGGUACUCUCCUCAACACCCCUAUGGACGUCGUCAAGUCCCGUAUUCAGAACACCACCAAGGUUCCCGGUCAGGUCCCCAAGUACAACUGGGCCUGGCCUGCUCUCGGCACCGUUAUGAAGGAGGAGGGCUUCGCUGCCCUGUACAAGGGCUUCACGCCUAAGGUGCUGCGUCUCGGCCCUGGCGGUGGUAUCCUGCUUGUUGUCUACACCGGUGUCAUGGAUUUCUUCCGCAAGAUGCGCGAUGAGAAGUAA